CAACCAAAAGUGACACCACCGAUUGAAUGAAAACAAAUUAGUUCGCAUAACUCGACGCAAAAGCGGGAGCUCAGCGUGUCGGCAGUGCAAGUUUGUGUAAAAUUACGGUCAACCACACAAAAACCGGGCGGACAGUACUAAAGUGGAAGCAAAUAUUUCGCAAGUUUUCGAAUAACUGAAGUACAAAACCAUGUCUUCGUUCGCACUCCGCUUUGCACCACGGUUGUUGCUCACCGGCAAUUCCGCACCUCGUUUGGUGGCCGCGGCCACGCAGCGGAAUUCCUUCUUCACCUAUUCCAACCAAAUUUCGCAGCCGCUCGAGCGCGAACCGAAGUACACGACGGCGGAAGAAGCGGUCAAAGUCAUCAAAUCAGGUGACAUUGUGUUCGCGCAGGGUGCAGCGGCUACUCCGGUUCACCUGCUCGAUGCGAUGACCAAGCAUGGCAUGGAGAACAACCUGCGAGACAUCACGGUGACGCACAUGCACACCGAAGGGCCUGCUUCCUACUGCAAACCCGAAUGCAAGGAUGUGUUCCGCUCGAAGUCACUGUUCAUGGGAGGGAAUGUGCGUGCGGCCGUUGCCGAUGGACGUGGUGAUGCUGUACCGAUCUUCCUGCACGAAAUUCCUCUACUGUUCCGACGCAAGCUAAUCCAACCGGACGUAGCGAUCGUGUCCGUGUCGCCACCGGAUAACCAUGGUUAUUGUACGCUAGGCACCAGCGUGGACUGUGUGCGAGCGGCACUGGAAAAUUCUAAAGUGAUCAUCGCCCAAAUCAACAAGCAGAUGCCGCGCACAUUCGGCGACUCUAUUAUCCACCAGUCGCAUUUUGACUACGCGGUCAAUGUGGACAUUCCACUGCCGGAGCAUGGUGGACACGCGAUGUCGGAUGUAGAAACCAAGAUCGGCAAACUGAUCGCGGAAAAUCUAGUCGAGGAUGGUGCGACGUUGCAGAUGGGUAUCGGAAACAUUCCGGAUGCGGUCUUGAACGCACUGCACAAUCACAAGGAUCUGGGCAUUCACUCGGAGAUGUUUGCGGGCGGUGUGGUCGAUCUGGUGCGCAAGGGCUGUGUGACGAAUGAUAAGAAAAAUUUCCAUCGGGGCCGUAUUGUCGGUUCGUUCCUAAUCGGCACCAAGAAGUUGUAUGACUUUGUCGACAAUAAUCCAUUUAUUGAAAUGUUGGAAAUCAACUACGUCAACAAUGUGAGCAUAAUUGCGCGAAACCCCAAGAUGACGGCCAUCAACUCAGCCAUCGAGGUAGACCUCACCGGACAGGUGUGUGCCGAUUCAAUCGGUACGCGCAUGUACUCCGGCUUUGGUGGCCAGGUCGACUUUAUCCGCGGUGCUGCCGAAGGUUUCGAUGGCAAGGGUAAACCAAUCAUUGCGCUACCUUCCGUCACAAAUAAGGGUCAGAGUAAAAUUUCUCCAAUUCUUAAGCCUGGUGCUGGUGUGGUAACGUCUCGAGCCCAUGUCCACUAUGUUGUCACGGAGUAUGGUAUUGCCAAUCUGUUCGGUCGCAGCUUGCGCCAGCGUGCCUACGCACUCAUCCAGAUCGCACAUCCCGAUCACCGCGAAGCCCUCGAAAAGGCUGCCUUCGAGCGUUUGAAAACGAUGCCGACACCGAACUAAGCUGUUGCCGUCGUCGUGUUUACAUGCGUUCAAUCAAAUAGACGACAGGCAGAACUUUCGAAAAUAGGAGAAAAUUCAAACACACAACAAAAUACGAUGGACAAUUCGAAAUUGGCACGUUCAUCUUGGCAAUGCACGAUCAUUCACAAGCAAUGAAAUUACACUCAACCUCCGUCAUUUCCGAUCGACCUAAUUGGACGUGUUCAAGGGAAUGUACAACGUGCACACAUACACACACAUACACACACACACAAGCACAGUUAGAGAUUAUCACGUUCCAAGCGUAAACAAGCAAGAGAUCCUUUACACCGGAGAAUGGGAUCGAAUUCGGCCAUUCAUGAUCGUUAUGAAAUUUUUUUUUAAUGUGUUUGUUUUUGUUUUGUAAUAUUUUUUACCCUUAAACGCUUUCACGCGAUGUAUUUUUUUUGGCCAACAAAGUUAAGAACUUUGUGCAAUGGCAAACUCCGAAAAAGAAGAGAGAUAAAACGCCCAUUCGCAACGCUAAGCAAAAUUACCAAAUAAAGCAAUUUAAUUUUAGUAAAUUAACGUCGAAAGCAACCUUAAUUGGCAAAGGUGAAGCGGGUGUGCCGGUGGUGGACGAAGCGUUCCGUUUUGUGGUAGCAAUUGUUUCACUCACCGCAAUGCCUGGAAUGUAACACGAAAUGCAAAAAACUGCCACACACAGAAACAAGAGAGGUUCGAGCGCAAAAAAAACAAAUUCUUGUAUGAUCGUUCCGAGGCUGGGCAUAAUAGAGCGCUAUAGCUAUAGCCGGCAUAAAAAUUUGCUUUUAAAAUCCUUGUCGAAUUGCAUUGUUACGCGCUAAGGAUAGGGAGCAAUAGCAGCAUAACUAUGUAGAGCAGUACGCGCUAACAGUGUUCCAGUUUUUUGGGUAGUUUCACUUAUUCCAGAUGUUUACUAAAUAGAGAAAGAGCGCCUAGCAGCAGUAGUGGUUAAAAACAGUAACAAACAAAAUAGUACUAACAUCAAACGAACUAUCUCACACAAUGAUGCACCUCGAGUGCAUUGCCUGCAUUGACGAAGAGAAUUGGAUGUUAAGACCGCUCCUCUUUUUUACAAAACGUGCCAGCGGGAACCACAAUCACACAGCAAUUUAUCAUCUCUAGAGCAGCGUAAUAGGAAACCGUGAUCAAAUUACAAAAAACGCGAGUUAAUCGAAACCUCAAAAUCAGCUUUGAAAAUAAAGUUAUCCUAGUAAAUACAGAAAA